AUGGCGUCGCACUCGUUCGUGUCGUCAUCGAUAGGGUCGGAGGAAGACCCGAACCACCCGGGCUUCCAGAGCCGCGCGCAGCGGCGGUACGUUGUCGGUGUGUGCGCGAUGGAGAAGAAGUCGCGGUCCAAGCCGAUGCAAGAAAUCCUGCGCCGCCUCGUCAAAAAGAAACAGUUUGACCUGGUCAUCUUCACGGACGACAUGAUCUUGAAUCACCCGAUUGAGGAAUGGCCGAUCUGUGAAGCCAUCUUCAGUUUCUACUCGACAGGGUUCCCCCUUGCGAAAGCUGAGAGCUACGUCCACCUCCGCCGCCCCGUGCUCGUCAACGACCUUAGCAUGCAACACGUGCUAUUUGAUCGACGGAAAGUGUACGAAGUGCUCAUCCGCAACGGCGUAAACGUUCCCCGCCACGCCAUCGUGAACCGCGACUGUCCCAACCCCGACAUCCUCGAAGAGAGCGAAAACUACGUCAUCGUGAACGGCGUCCAGAUCAACAAGCCGUUUGUCGAAAAGCCCGCGGACGCAGAAGACCACAACAUUUAUAUCUACUACCCGUCGAGCGCUGGUGGCGGCAGCAAGCGGCUCUUCCGCAAAGUCGGCGACCGAUCGUCCGAGUUCUACCCGGACGUCCACCACGUUCGUCGCGAAGGGUCGUACAUAUACGAGGAAUUCCUGAACACGCAAGGAACGGAUGUCAAAGUGUACACGGUUGGCCCCAACUAUGGCCACGCGGAAGCGCGCAAGUCGCCCGUCCUCGACGGCCGCGUGAUGCGCGACAGCGUCGGCAAAGAAGUUCGUUACCCCGUUAUCCUGAACUCGAUCGAGAAGGACAUUGCGCGCAAGGUGUGCCUCGCGUUCCAGCAAACCGUGUGUGGCUUCGACUUGCUUCGCGUGCGCGGAACGUCGUUCGUGUGCGACGUGAACGGGUGGAGCUUUGUGAAAAACUCGAAAAAGUACUACGACGACUGCGGUCUCGUCCUCCACAACUACCUCCUCACGGCGCUCCGGUACCGCCACCACCGACGGUCGCCGAGUCCGCGGUACAAGUUGUCUCCGAAAGGCGGGAUGGGAUUUUCCCCCCACGUGGGGGCGUCGCAGUACGCGACAGAGCCGACGCCGCUGCUGCUCAACCAGGCGCCGCCACCACACCCCGACCACCAUCCUUUUCUCCCGAUUCGAGAAAACUCGAUUGCGUCGUCUCACAGCUCGCCGUCCGACCCGUUUGACAUGCAGAACUCGUUUGGGUCGCCCCAGCCGCUCCACCACUCGCGCACGAGCUCAAAUGCGUCCGCUGAUGAAAUGAUGCAUUGGCUCGAGAAGAAGGAAGAGCUACGUGCCGUCAUCGCCGUCGUGCGCCAUGGCGACCGCACCCCCAAGCAAAAGCUCAAGACACGUGUAUGGGAGCCGGCGCUCGUCAACUUUUACGAAAAGCGCCGGACCAAGGACAAGUUUGACGAAGUCAAGGUCAAGGCUGUGCUGGAUCUGCAGGAACUCCUCGACAUUGUACGCACGCUCAUCAAGGAGUACGCCCCGAACGUCGGGUCGAAAGGCAUGGUGUGGGAGAAGGAAGGCGGCGACAGCUUUGAAAAGCUGCUUCAGAUCAAGCGCGUGUUGGAACGGUGGAAGUUUGCCGGAAUCAACCGCAAGGUGCAAUUCAAGCCGCGUCGCGAGUACAUGCCGCCGUCGUCCGGGGCAAACUCCGAGCUGCUUUUGAUCAUGAAAUGGGGCGGCGACUUGACGGAAACGGGCAAACGGCAGGGAGAAUUGCUCGGCAACCGCUUUCGCAACGAGCUGUAUCCCGUUGAAGAAGGUGGGUUGCUGCGCUUGCACUCCACCUUCCGCCACGACCUCAAGAUCUUUACGUCGGACGAAGGCCGCGUCCAGAUGACGGCCGCGGCAUUUGCCAAGGGGUUCUUGGAGCUUGAAGGCGACUUGACGCCCAUCCUGGUCAGCCUCGUCACGACUCUAGACAAGGACGCCAACAAGAUGCUCGACCACUCGGGCCAAGCCGACGCGAACGAAGAAAUCGAACGCACGAAAGCCAAGCUGCGCCGUGUCAUCCAGCAAGAUUACGCUUCGUGGGACGACUUGGUCGCUUGCGUGGCACCGCUCGGCACGAAAUCGAUCGUGGAUGCGCUCCAUCGACUGCAGAACCCCAAGGAAGCGCUCGGCAAGUUGUACGAGCUGAUUCGCCAAAUGAAGCUCGAGAUCAAGGAACUGGCGGCGGAGGCCGAGAAGACCGCGCUGAGCCUCAACGACGACCGAUUCAACGAGCUCUACAUGGGCGAGACGUACUCGCUGAUGAGCGAGCGAUGGGACAAGCUCCACCGCGACUUUUACUCGGCCAAGUCGCAAGAGUACGACCUGAGCAAACUGCCCGACAUUUACGACUGCAUCAAGUACGACAUGCUCCACAACUUGAACGGCACCCAUGCCACGACCAAAUACGGCCGCGCGCUCUUCAACAUGGCGGAGCUCUUUGUCGCGUGCUACGUGCCCCAGGAAUACGGAAUGGACAUUGCUGAGAAGCAGUCGAUCGGAAUCAAGGUGUCCCAGGCAUUGUGCGCCAAGAUUCGAGCAGAUAUUGCGACGGCCAUGACGAUCCAGCGCGAGGAAAAGCCGAGUGUGGUCAACAGCAUGUUUGGCGGCAAGUCGUUCCUGCCGCUGUGCACUGCGAUGGACGAUCCGGAAGACGCCGAGAGCUUGGAGCACAAUGGAUAUCGGUUGGAUCCGUCGUUCGCCAAGGAGUUGCGCAUCAAGAGCCCUGGCACGCAAGUGCGCACGCGUCUGUACUUUACGAGCGAGAGCCACAUGCACACGCUGCUCAAUGUACUGCGCCACCAGUGUCCGGCGUGGGUCGAGCGACAGCAGUCGGCAUCCCAUGCAACGACAUUGAACUCGAACGCAGCGACGGAAGAGGACGUUGCCAACGCCCUCUUGGCUGCCAUGGGCAUCAACACGAUGCCCACUUCGUCCGAGACGACGUCGCAGCGUCCGGACGAUGCCCCAACUCUCCCCAAGCGCAAGUAUUCGUUCGACGUGGCCAAAAUGAUUACCCCCGACGCGAUCCAGGCCCUCGAUAGUGUCUCGGAGCUCGAUUACCUUGCCCACAUCAUCAUCCGCGUGUUCGAAGCCCCGUCGUUGGCUGAGGACGACGAGAACCGGUUCCGCGUCGAGAUUGCAUUUUCGCCUGGACUUCGGGGAGACCCCGAAGGCGUCCCGGAGUUCACGCGCAGCGCGUCGACGUCGAGCGCGUCCUCGGUCAGCUUCACACCGCCGUCGACGCCUCAAGCGUCGACGACUGGGCCGAUUGCGAUCCCUCCAUCGUCAUCCGUUGGCUACACCAACCUGUUUGCGUUUCAAGACCAAGCAGGUCGCAGAGAGGACGUUGGAAGCGCCGCCCCUCCGAAAGAUACGACGGGCGUCGAUGCGAGUCCAUCCGUGUUGUCGUUGCAGAUGGACAAGAUAUACCUGACCAAGGACAUGCCGGGCGUCAUGUUCGACGAUAUGCUGGCGGCGUGCGUCGCAUCCGUUGCCAACAACAAUCCGGCAUCAUACGUCCCGGACAGCGUGUAG